AUGUUAUUUUUUGGUUUAAUUGGCUUUGGUAUUGGUCGUUGUAUGCCAUGGUCACUUGGUGUACCAUUGAUCGAUGACAGUUUUUCUAAAAAGAAUCUUCCAGCAUUUUUUGCUGGUAUGAACUUUAUUCGAAUUCUAGGACCGGUAUUUGGAUUUUUGAUCGGAAGUUUCUGUAGCAGUUUUUACUAUACCCUAAAACCACCACCGGGUUUAUCGGCAAAAGAUCCAACUUGGAUAGGCGCAUGGUGGUUAGGAUAUUUGCUCAUUGGUCUAUUACUAAUUAUACCAUCAACAGCAUUGUACUUUUUUCCGGUCAGGAACAAAUCUGAAAUAAUACCAAAACUUUUAUCUGAUACCACUAAAGAUGACAAUUCCAUGGAUAGAAAUGAAAUUAAAAUGUCAAUAUUUGACAAGUAUCAUAAUAAUGAUGCCAUGGAAACAUCAUCGUCAAUUUAUGGCAAAUUUCAAGCACUCUAUAAAGCAUAUGGAGAAAUAUUACAAUCGAAAAUAUUUAUUGGUCUUUUAAUAGCUCGAACAUUUGAUCUCUUAGCAUUUCGUGGUUAUAUGGUUUUCUUGCCAAAAUAUCUCGAGAUGCAAUUUGGUAUACCCCAAUAUAAUGUACAUAUACUUAUGGCAUCCUUUGGUAUAUUUGGACUUGCAAUUGGUGCAAUAAGUGGUGGUAUAAUUAUACGACGUCAUAAAUUUAGCGGUCGUGGUGCAGCAAUAUUAAUUUUGGUCUUUUCUAUUGUCAACAUUGUUCUCUUCUUUAGUAAAGCCUUUUUUGGUUGCUAUUCAACAGUAAGUAUAAUUGGUGCUAAUGGCCGGUCAACUAAUUAUAAUUACACACAACCAUGUAAUGCAAAUUGUGGUUGUCAAUCAGCAUCUCUAUAUCCGAUUUGUGACAAAUCCGGAUAUGCUUACUUCUCACCGUGUCACGCCGGAUGUCGUGAUGUUAGGAUAAUCGAUAGUAUAAAGCAUGAAUUGGAAUUUUCAUCAUGUGAAUGCAAACCUGAAGAGGUGUUAUCAAGGCGGAAUUGUCAAGAUGAUUGUAAUCUCAAAGCAAUGCUUUUCUUCAUUCUCAUUAUUAUCGGAUCAUUUGCUAUUGGCAAUUGUCUGGUACCUGGAAUGCUUUUACUUUUAAGGUCAGUACCACAGGUACACCGAAGUAUUGCCCUCGGUUUCCAAGGUUUUGUGGUAAGUUUAUUUGCCAGUCUACCGUCACCACUUAUUUGGGGAACUAUCGUGGAUACCACUUGUUUGGUUUGGAGUUAUACAUGUCCUGAAGCUAAGGGCGCGUGCGUAAUUUAUGAACCAGUAUUAUUACGUCAACGAUUACACUUCACGUACGUAGCUUUUCGUCUUGCAUCAGUUGUAGCCGAUCUUUAUGUAAUCAAACACGCCCGUGGUAUAAAUAUUAUCGAUGUAGAGGAUAAUAGACAAAAAAAUCCCAAUGAUAUAAUGGCAGCAAACGUAGCUGAACAAUCAGUAAAAUGUACCUUUUGCUAA